AUUUUUCAAGACUUUUCCGCUAUUCCAAGUCAGUUUUAUCACCCUUGUCAGGUCUUACAACUUCAUUAUUCAUGUGAUGUGAUGCCUACUGGAAGGCGUUCUGGUAUCGCUGAGUUUGGGAACAUCGUAACUGGAAUCAGUGUAGGAGUGGCACGCAAAUACUUGUUUUUUAGCACGGCAAAAAAGGCUGUUGUAUAUCUGAUUGUUGUCAUAAUGCUCUCUCUUUAUGGAGCAAGUUUUAAACUUCCAGAAGACUUUUAUUUUGCAAAGCGAAGAAACCUCCUGAAUGAAUACGGCGUCAAACUUGGUUGGUUUUGGACGUUGUUUGUCCUUGUUCCUUUUGUCCAUCUGACUACAAAAGCUCACCGAAAAGAAAUGAAUGUUCUAUUCGGGAACUUAAUGAGAGUUUUGGUUGCAACUGGCCUCUGGUAUUUCUGUACAACUUGGUUUGUGAAUUUUGAACGGAUGACGGGACACUGUCAUGGUUCAGAAAUAAGCUCACGCUCAUCUUGCCGUGAAGAUGGAGGUAAAUGGGUACCAGGAUUUGAUAUUAGCGGGCACUGCUUUAUCCUGAUAUAUAGCUCGUUAAUGAUAUGUGAAGAGUCAACUGCUUUUCGCAACAUCCCUUACAUAUACGGAAGGGGAUCGAAUAGUAGAACAAAGGAAUCCUUGAACGAGGCUUUUGCGAUCAAGAUCUACUUUUUACUCAUGUUCGCCCUUCAUCUUCUAUGGGACUUUGAACUUGUGAUAUCAGUUUUGUACUACCAUCACAUACAUCACAAAAUUGUUGGAACUUUCAUUGCACUGGGAUGUUGGUUCUUUACCUACCAUCUUUGGUACCCUAUCUUAGGGAUGCCACCGCCGCCCAUUGACGAGAAGAUACGCCAAAAGGUCCAUCAGACGUGA